GUCAAUCCUCAAUUUGAGUGCCUAAACCUUCAUAUGGCUGCCCCAAAAAGUUUCCUGAUCAUGCUUUAUUUUGUGUGCGGGUUUAGCAUUGCCUUGGCAGCAACUCCCAACAUUACAAUGGAUCAAUCUGCUCUUCUUUCCUUGAAGGCUCAUAUUUCUUUUGAUCCCCAAAAUCAUUUGACAAACAACUGGACCACUAAUACUUCCGUUUGCAAUUGGGUAGGUGUCAUAUGUGGUUCUAGACAUUACCGAGUCAUGGUCUUAAACCUUUCUUUCAUGGGCCUUGUAGGUAUCAUUCCUCCGCAUAUCGGAAACCUUUCAUUUCUUGUGAGCCUAAGCAUCCAAAACAAUAGUUUUCAUGGCUCAAUACCAAUUGAAUUGUCUCAUCUUACUCGGUUGAAAUUCUUUCACUUUGGAUACAAUGAAUUCAAUGGAGCAAUUCCAUCACAGAUGGGAUCUCUAACUAAACUUAGAAAAUUGUUUCUUCACAAUAACAAUUUCUUAGGUACUAUUCCACCAUCUCUAUCUAACAUAUCUUCUUUGCAAAUUAUUAGUCUUGGAUACAAUCAGCUUUCGGGCACCAUACCUUCCUCUAUCUUCAAGAUAUCUUCCUUGCAAGAAAUUUAUCUUGGCUCCAAUAUGCUAUAUGGUGGACUAUCUACACAUAUGUUUGAUCGUCUUCCGAAUCUACAGUAUCUUUCUCUUUCUAAUAAUCAAUUGUCAAGUGAACUCCCAAAAAUAGGGAAUUUAACUAUGCUUACAGAGCUAGACCUUCGUGACAACAACUUUGAAGGAAGACUAGACCCAGAAAUAGGAAACCUAACCAUGCUUAAAGAGUUGCACCUUACCGACAACAACUUUGAAGGUUUAAUACCAAAUCAAAUUGGUAAUCUAAAAGAUCUAGAGGUUCUCCGAAUUGGAGGGAAUGCUUUUUUUGGCACAAUUCCAUUUGGGAUCUUCAAUAUCUCAACAAUAAGAGUGAUUUCAAUGGCGGUAAAUAACCUAUCAGGCCAUCUUCCAUCAAAUAUGGGUCUCUUUCUUCCAAAGCUUCAACAACUUAUUCUUUGGGGAAAUAAAUUGAGUGGAGCAAUUCCCAACUCUAUCUCUAAUGCUUCACAGCUCGCUAUCAUAGACAUAGGUGAUAUCCCCAAAACAAUUGGUGGUCUCAAAGAUUUGACUAAUCUCUCAUUGGCAAUAAAUCGACUAGAAGGCUCAAUACCAGUAUCUUUUGGUGAAAUGGUAAGCUUGGAAUUCUUGGAUCUUUCUGAUAACAUCUUAUCUGGAGAGAUUCCGAAGUCCUUAGAAGGACUCCAUUACCUCAAAUAUCUAAAUCUCUCAUUCAAUAAACUGCAAGGAGAAAUUCCCACAAGAGGACCAUUUCUAAACUUCUCAGCUGCAGCAUUUAUGUCAAACAAAGCACUUUGUGGUGCAACUCGAUUGAACGUUCCACCAUGUGAAGAAGGUGGUCCUCACAAAAAGAAGACAACAUGGCCAAAUAUGCUAAGGUAUGUGUUGCUAGCAAUUGGGUUUAUUAUGCUUACACUGACCCUUGCAUUUGCUUGGAAAAGAUGGAAAAAGAGAAAUCCAAAAUCUCUUGCUCAAGCAGACUUGUACCCUCUAGUUACAUGGAGAAGAAUUUCUCACCAACAACUUGUACAAGCAAUGAAUGGAUUCAGCUCUAAUAAUUUACUUGGUGAAGGAAGUUUUGGCUCUGUAUACCACGGAACACUUUCAGAUGGGAUGAAUAUUGCAGUAAAAAUUAUGAACAUGCAAGUGAAAGGGGCAUUCAAAAGUUUUGAUGUAGAGUGUGAGGUGCUACGAAAUAUUCGUCAUCGAAAUCUUGUCAAGAUCAUCAGCAUUUGUAAUGAUAUUGACUUCAAAGCCCUUGUAUUGGAAUACAUGCCUAAUGGAAACUUAGAGAUAUGGCUGCACUCUCAAGAUCACUAUCUUAAUAUGUUACAAAGGCUAAAUAUAAUGAUUGAUAUCGCAUCAGCAUUAGAAUACCUUCAUCAUGGUUAUUCAACAACAAUUAUUCAUUGUGAUCUGAAACCUAGCAAUGUCUUGUUAGAUGAAGAAAUGGUUGCACAUGUUGCCGAUUUUGGCAUGGCCAAACUCUUAGGUGAUAGGGAUUCUAUGAUGCAGACCAUGACUCUUGCAACUUUUGGGUACAUGGCACCAGAGUAUGGAUCUGAAGGAGUUGUUUCUACAAGAGGCGAUGUGUAUAGUUAUGGCAUUCUACUAAUGGAAACUUUCACAAGAAAGAAGCCUACGGAUGGCAUGUUUAUUGGAGAAAUGACCUUGAAGCAUUGGGUAGAUGAAUCACUGCUCACUUCAAUACUCGAUAUUGUUGAUGCCAAUUUGCUGAGAAAUGAAAAAGAACAUGCUGCCAUGGAGGACUGCAUAUCUUCAGUUAUGAGAUUGGCUUUGGAUUGUUGUGCAGAGUCACCUACACAAAGAAUUGACAUAAAAAAUGUUUCAGCCACACUCAAAAAGCUGAAAUCAAAGCUUGUUCUACAUAUUAGAACAAGCUAACUUGUCAGCUUGUAGGAUGGAUGUCGAGUGCAUUUGAUUGAAAAGGUGUUGACUGAGCCUAACAGAAUUGUUGCUGAGCUUCAACAGCCAAGGUCUGUCUGAAACUGGUUGAGUUGGGUAUUGAAGGAUCAGCAAAAUCAAUGCAUGGUGUUGGUCGUCGUAUGCCAUUGCUGUCAAAAUCUUGACUGCAUGCUUUUGCUGGGUAACUGGUGUAGUCUUUUGCCAAGUUUGAGUUGUGACGGUUGUCAAGAAUUCACCGUGGGCUGAAUGAACAGGUAAGGUGGUUGCAAAGUUCUAUGCCAAGUAUCUUCACCAACAGGUGCUAAAAAAUGACGCAUAUGCUGCUGGAGACAUAGGAACUUCUGUGAAGAAAGCUUUUUUUAGGUUUCAUAAUUAUAUUCUUGAGAAUUCAGUUCUUUUUCAUCACUUUCUAAUAAUCUGGAUGUUGUUUCAAAUGGCCACUGUUUUGCUUCAUAGUAAUCAUACCCAAAUAUAUAUAUAUCAUAUAUAUAUUUCAAAACUUCUUCCAA